GCGGCCGGGUUGGGGCGGGAGGUGUUUGGUGGGCUGUGCUCAUCCCCCGACAGCUGCCACGCUUGCGUCGCGCGCGAUGAUAGGGCUUGAGCCAUGGUGCGGGGGUGCCCUGCUGGUGAUCGUGUUCGCCGUGUACGCUGUCUUCCUCGGCGCCUGGGAGGCCACCUCUUUACUGUGCCUGUGCACUCUGUGUGUGCUGGCCGCGCGCUGGCUGCAGCGCGCCUUCUUGCGCCGGCAGCUGCAGCGAAAGCAGCCGCGGAGAUUGGCGGCGCCCAACGGCUGCGACGACCGAGAGGCGCGCACGACGCUCGGGGUGGCCUGCCUGGCGGCGGCCGUGGUGCUCCUGCUGGUGGUAAUCGAGCCGACCACGCUGGACUCGGCGCUGGCGCGCUGGUACCUGGCGCUGGUGGCGCCUCUGCUGGCUUUCGUGUUCCAGGCGGGCGGCACACCGCAGACUGAGAUGGCCGAGGCGCUGCGAAAGACCCAGACCAGCUACAGCGAGGGUGCCGCCUGGCUCUUCUAUCUCGGCUAUCUGCAAAUCAUAUUGGGCGGCGAAAAUGGCAAACGCUUCGAGACCCGCAUGGACGACUAUAUGCUGAGCCAGCAAAUAGUCGGUGACAGUCGGCGGCGCACCUGUCGGAAGGCUGUGUUCAUCCUGGUGCCCAUGACGCCUGCUGCAAUGCUGUCCGACUUAGAUUACAGGGAGAACGACAGCACGGUCAGCAAAGAGAAGAAACUGCUUGGGAUCACGGUCAAGGGACGUCCGUACGGCGAAACCCAGGUGUAUCAAGUUGAGUACGACGGCCGCGUGUACCGCGUGGCCAUGGAGGUGGCCUCGCCCACGUGCACGGCUCUGCGCACUGUCGACGAUUCCAAGGUGGACUUUGGCGCCAGUGACUACGAGGAGUUCGCCGCACGCUUCCUGGGCGCGCUCCAGGACAUCCUGGAGCAGAAGCCGACCGUCGGGGCGCAGGUGGAGCUCAUGCCCAUCUAUGACUCGCGCAAGUUCGGCCGCGCAGUGGUCGAACACUUCCUAAAGAUGAACGAGGCGGAGGUGGCGCCGGCGGACUGCAGCGCCGGGCGGCGGCCACCAGUGGGCAGGGGGCUCCGGCCGCUUGCCCGAGCAGAGUUCGGAGCUCGAGUUUGGUGCCGCCAACAACCUGGCAACGGGUGGCCUCUCGGCGCUGCGCUGACGUUGGGGCGGGAAGGAGCGCUGUGCUGAGUCUAAUGACGCGACGCAACGCUGUGCCGGGUCUAAUGACGCGACGGAGCGCUGCGCCGGGUCCACGGGGCGGGACGAAGGGCUGUGCUGGGCCCACCGACGGGACGAGGCGCGGUGCUGGACCCGCCAACGGGGCGACGUGCCUGCGCCGGGUCCGCGGGACGGAGCGCUGCCCCCGUGGACAGCGGGCCGCAGGCGGGGUGCCCUGGUGACUGCUGACUAACCGGCGGGAUGAUGCAUUGAGGCCGCCGGUGAAACUGGGUGCUAUGCGGCAGCUUCCCGGUGGGAGUCUGCGCUGUCCUGGAGGCGUUUGGGUUAGCCUGCGCCGUCCUGGAGGCGUUUGGGUUAGCCUGCGCCGUCCUGGAGGCGUUUGGGUUAGGACAAGUUUGGUGGAUCUUUAACUGUGCUAAUACCAUGCUCCGAGAACCAGGCAUUAGAGCCGCGACAGUUCCCUUGAUCGAAGCGCCGGUGUGACAUGCGUGCGUGAGCAGAGCGUAGCCAGAGAGGCGCUGGCCUUGUCAAGGACCUCGUUUGAGCUCAUCAUUCGUUCAGGGAACGCGGUAUCCAUACCUGAUCGGGCCAGAGAUGUGCCAGUUAAUCACAUGUGACACGUGAUUUUCUCGUCUCAGGGACCACUUGAUGGGAUAGCGAUGCGGCUGCGUUCCAGAUAUGCACUCAUGCUUUCGAUCAGUUGCUACGUUUAAGGGACUGUCCUUUUGGUGCUGAGAUGUGCUUUCAUGUUUGUCCAGUUGCCUCGAGCCGUCGUUUAGGUUCAAAACAUACCAGAUAUGAAUAACUGGGUGAUAUGUAGUUCUUACGGUAAUAUAGAAAGUUAACGUUGUAUUCUGUUAUUUCCUCGCCCACGACACUAUGCGCUCAUUGCAUAUGUCGUUUAGGUCGGCUACAGCCAGCAACCGCCGACCGCACUCCUGACUCCUUUGUUUUUGUUUUUCUUGGCGUGGCCGUCCACGAAGCAAAGUUCGGCGCGUCGCUGAACAGCCAAAUGACGAAAUUGAACACGAGACCAAUGGAGGGCGCCCGUUCGCUGCCGCCGAACAGCAGGAAACGCUGUUCGUUCAGCUUUUCGGCGCCGGGAGUUUUCGGUGCUGGACCUUGGCGUCGAAUCGCGGACGAGCUGGACAAGGCGAACUUUUCGUUCGUUCGGUGGGAAAUAGCAAGAGGACAAGAGGCGAUGAAGUAUGUUGUCCUCUUGAUCGAACAAUUCAUUUGAUUUUUUAGCUUGUUUACAUUUUACUAAUUCUCGGGCAUCCUAACGUUUACAUUUCUACUUGUUUUGAAUUCAAACAACCACCCAAUGACAUACACACCGCCCUGGGCCGUGACGACGUCACCUACCGCCGCGGGCGCCGCCCCGUGGACCACCACGGUAGCCACCGCAGAGCAGCAUACACCGUCCGCCGGUCGCGCGAGCGCGCGAGCUGGCCAGCUGUAGACUGCGCCAGGCGGCAGGGCGAACCAGUCAGCCACACUACAAGCCGGCAAGCAGCCCGGCCCCACAGCGCCCUCUGAGGGGCAGAGCCAGACGGCCACGGCGGAGAAUCGUCGCCGGUAAUGACGGCAUGCAGAACGAUGGCAUGCACGCUAACAUACUUCCUCAUGCGCAUACGCAAUCGAAUGCCAAUGGCAAUGUGCCCGGUACUGACGGUAGUUUAGUCGCUAACUGCUUCUUCCACACGAUGUAAGUGACCCUCCGCUAACGUGCUGCUCAACCAGGUGAGUGCACAGCCAGUCUCUCCAAGAUCACGGACCACGUCUAGUUGUAAGUGCGGAUUGCGUUGGUGCUCACAGCCACAUGUCUCUCCACAUCGGAAUACCUUUGAAUAAACUCAAAGAGACCUCGGCUAUAUAUGACUCAUACGAUGCAUUACGAUACUGUCAUAUGUACUGCUUGCCCAAUAGCAAGCGCAGUCGAAUAACCGACACAGUAAGCGUUCCGACCGAAUCAACAGGAUUGUAAAGGCUAGUGAUAACGUUAGGUAUAGUGAGCUGUCUGUGGAGUCGUAAUCGCGUGCCCAGAUCAGUCCAGAAAGUUAGCGACCCAGGGCAGAACCCGAACACAUGUGGUAUGUCUUCGUUAUGGCUCUGGCAGCGCGGACACUGGUUCGUCUCUGAUCCAGUAGAGCUGUGACAUUCAGUUCGUUGGUAUAAUCCUGUGAAUGAUCCUAAAUUGCAGCCAUCUGUUGUGUCGCACAGAACUUUGUAUUUUUUGUCCACUGUUCUUGCCCCGUAGGUCCAAGCCUAAGUUCCCAUUUCGUCUGAGCCUUGUCCAGUAUGGAAACAUGAGCCGAGGAUAGGAGCGCACUAUAUCCUCACUUCGCUGUUCCCACGUACUUGCUAAUCUGCUCAUAAGCGCAUGACAGGACUGCACUGGUGGGCUUUCCUGAGCAAGCACUUCCUUCCAAGAGCGGGCUAUGGCAUCCAGUAUAGACCGCCAUGUUAGAAAAUGCCCAUAUCCGAAUUGGAUUUGCAAUUGGUCUGCGUUAAGGAGCCUUCGGUCCUGGUGAUUGGGAAGGUCGCCUAUUUGAACUACUGAACGGUGGAUCAGUUGGUGCCUGUUCAAUGAUACAUUCUGUUCCAGCCUCAUAUCAGUGUUAUUCCAUAUUCCAUAUUUAUUCCAUGACAUUAUGUGACAUAGUUAUUCCAUAUUCCAUAUUUAGUGUUACAGUCACGAUUAAGGAACUUCUUUAUCCAGGCCAUUUUAAAAUUGUCUGCCUGUACUGGUGGAUCGGGCACCUUCAGUCCACCCACGAAAAGAUGGGUUUUCAUCAUCGACCGGUUAAUCCUAUCUCGAGAUUGGUUUCAACUGAACUGGUAUAUUAUUGUUUCUGUCUUUUCUAAGGACGCACAAUUUGGCUUUUCUAAAACAGUCAUUAAAUAUGCAAGUUGCGAGAGAGCCUCUGACUUUAUCACUUGCACCUUCCCGCAUGCAGUCAAGCCACAUCGUAGGCAUGGGUUAAGUUUGACUGUCAAUCUUCUAGUUUUUGCCGGACAGAUAAUAUUUCCCAGGUCUUCGCACGUCAAGGUAAGUUUUACUCCAAGGUGUAAGUGUGUAAGUUUUACUGAGUUACGCUCGCUCGAUAUUUCAGUCUCUGGGCAAAUGGCAUCUACUCGGUUUCGGUGCUGACCUAUCCAGACCCCUCGCGUCUUUUGUCUGUUCGGGGACAGGCGCGAUACAGCUCGAGAAGCAUGCAGACAUCUAAAACAUGUCCUGAAGGACCGAUCGGAACCAUCCAUAAUGAUGCUGCUUCAUCGGCACACCUUAUCGGCAUAUAUUGGGCUAAAAUCUUUAUUUCUGUGCUACCGAUGGCAAACCCGUCAAUGUCGCUACAGCGCCGGAGUUUAUGUGCCAGAGGCUCAAUUGAAAUCAGGAAAAGUACCCAGCCGAGUGGACAUACUCGACGAAGGCUUUUUUUACGCCGUUACCCAAGAACAGGUAACCAGGAGUGCCCCUCCCUCAAUCCCAACGACGCAAUAAACCGUACGUUAACA